AUGAACGACUACGAACUAAAUGCCUUCAGCGACGAUGAGGAACUAUCUCUGAGGAAAAGAAGAGUGCGUUUUCGCUUAUCGAAGGGAACAGUCGAAAAUUUAAUAGAAGAACUGGACAACGUUUUAAGACAUCCUACGGAGAGAAAUUCAGCGGUUUCUCCGACAGACCAAAUACUGUUGGCGUUGAGAUUUUAUGCCACCGGCUCUUUCCUUCAGACAGUUGGAGAUUUUAGUGGUGUUCAUGCAACGACGGCCGGCAAAAUUAUACACAAAGUCAGUGUAGCACUUGCCGCGUUACGCAACAUAACAAUAAAAAUGCCAUCAACUGACGAAGAGCGGCUUGAAUGUAAGAGAAAAUUUUACAAUAUUGCACGAUUUCCAAUGUGCAUAGGAGCGAUUGACUGCAGCCAUAUUAAAAUUAUCAGUCCGGGAGGCGAAACUGCUGAGGCGUUUCGAAAUCGUAAACAAUUUUUCAGCUUAAAUGUUCAAACUAUUUGUGACAGUAAUUUAAAAAUAAUGGAUAUUGUUCCGAGAUGGCCGGGAUCUGCCCACGACUCACAUAUUUUCCGAAAUUCUAGUGUGAUGACUCGCUUUGAAUCAGGUGAAUUUGGGGACAAUUGUGUUCUAGUCGGUGACAGUGGAUAUCCUUGUAAGUCAUACCUGUUAACACCACUUGCACAGACAAGAACUCGCGCAGAAAAUUUGUACAAUGAAGCCCAGAUUAGAACACGAAAUCCUGUCGAACGCUCGUACGGUGUAUGGAAAAGACGAUUUCCUGGAUUAGCAAUGGGACUGCGAACAAAUUUGAAAACAACGCAAGUAAUCAUAACAGCAACAGCAGUUCUACAUAAUAUAGCCUGUGAUGAACGAGAAGACGAACCAUGGGUAAAUGCAGAUGAACAACGUGCUAUAGAUUUAGUAAACAACAAUCCGCCUGAUGUUGAUGAUAUUCGUAACAACAGACAUGACAACAAUUUCUUUCGACAACAACUGAUUAAUAAUUAUUUCAAUAAUUUGUAA